CAGGAAGGCGAAACGACCAGCAGAUUGCUCUGGCGGCUCGUCGGGAUCAUCCAGUAAUUUCGCAGAAACGGGUCCGUCUCAUUGAGUUUUCCCUUGCUGAUCGCGACCACCGUGUUUUUAAAGGCGAUUCUGUCGAAAUGUCGCCUUUCCCGAGUGACCCGCUCAUCCACCAUUGAAUGGAACUGGGAUCGGCUAAAAAGGGCACGAUGAGAAAAGAAUCUUGGAAAUGAAUUUCGUGAUGGCUGCUGUAGUCCAAGGAAACGGAAUGAAACCAUUGCAAAACGGGUCCCUUGGUCAUCUUGAAAUGGACCAAAUCGGAAGCGUAGGGCACGAACAUCAGAUUCAAGUGGCUGACAACGAAUGCAUCAUUGAACAGGAAGAACCAGAGAUUGACAUUGUUAUAAACAAUGUAGUUUGUAGUUUUAGUGUCCGGUGUCAUUUGAACCUUAGGCAGAUUGCGUUAAGCGGAUGCCAUGUCGAGUACCGGAGAGAGAAUGGGAUGUUGACGAUGAAACUUAGAAAACCUUACACCACAGCUUCAAUGUGGUCUUCUGGCAAAGUGACUUGCACUGGUGCAACUUCAGAAGAGUCUUCCAGAGUGGCAGCCAGGAGGUUUGCCCGAAUACUCCAGAAGCUUGGGUACAACGUCAGAUUUACGAACUAUCGAGUUGUAAACGUACUCGGUACAUGCUCAAUGCCAUUUGCCAUCAAAAUAACUAAUUUUUCCGAAUGCCAUCGUGAGGCAGACUAUGAACCUGAACUUCAUCCAGGUGUAACAUAUAAGUUAAAGCACCUUAGAGCCACACUGAAGAUAUUUUCUACAGGCAGUAUUACAGUGACAGCUCCUAGUGUUAGUGAUGUCCAAAGGGCAAUAGAAGCGAUCUAUCCCCUCGUGUACGAAUUCAGGAAAGAGAGGACAAAAGAUGAGCUAAUGGUCCUUGACCGAAAAAACUCGAGGAACGGAAUUGAAGAUGACGGCAGUUCAGAAGACUGAAGUAACAAUGUACUCCUCAAUUUUGGACAUAAUACGGCUCAGAAAAA